GGGUUUGUUUUUGUUAUUGUGACACACAUUUUUUAUUUUAUUGAUGCACAAUUGAUAAGCGCCAAUAAAGCACAUACAUAUACUGAUAUACAUAUACAUACAAAUCAAUUCUGCAAUGAACGGACGAUUAGCGCUUUCGUUUAAUUGAAUACAAACGGCCGAUACACGGCCACGGAAUAAAAGCUGAGAAAUGCCUGCAACAGCAGCAACCACAGCCAGUGUGACCAGCCCCGAUGGCCGCACAGCAACAACGGCGACGACGACGCCAACGGCGACAGCAGCAGGAGCAGCGGCGUCAUCAGCAGCAGCAGCAAAUAGCAAUAGUCCCGUCUCAAGUGGACGUCACCAGCUGCGACCGGUGAAAUACGAUUAUGCGGAUUCGUUUGCCUGCACCUAUGUCGUAUCGGUUGUGGCCGCAUCCAUAGCCGAGUUGGCCACAUAUCCGCUAGAUCUUACCAAGACUCGUCUGCAGAUCCAAGGCGAGGCGGCCAGUGUGGCCGCAGCUGCAAAAACCAAUAUGCAAUAUCGCGGCAUGGUCGCCACCGCCUUUGGCAUUGUACGUGAGGAGGGCGCUCUCAGAUUGUGGCAGGGCGUGACGCCGGCGCUCUACAGACACGUCGUCUAUAGUGGCGUGCGCAUCUGCAGCUAUGACCUGAUGCGCAAGGAGUUCACGCAGAAUGGCACCCAGGCAUUGCCAGUGUGGAAGUCGGCGCUGUGUGGUGUCACCGCCGGUGCCGUUGCUCAAUGGUUGGCCUCACCCGCUGAUCUGGUCAAGGUGCAAAUCCAAAUGGAGGGACGCAGACGUCUAAUGGGCGAAGCGCCCCGUGUCCAUGGAGCAGCGCAUGCGUUCCGCGAGAUUGUCAAUCGUGGCGGCAUCAAGGGUCUGUGGAAAGGCAGCAUACCGAAUGUGCAGCGAGCUGCACUGGUCAAUUUGGGCGAUCUUACCACAUAUGACACCAUCAAGCAUCUGAUCAUGCAUCGCCUUCAAAUGCCCGAUUGCCAUACGGUUCAUAUACUGGCCUCCGUCUGCGCGGGUUUCGUGGCGGCCAUCAUGGGCACUCCGGCGGAUGUGGUUAAGACGCGCAUCAUGAACCAGCCCACCGACGACCUGGGACGUGGAUUGCUCUAUCGCGGCUCUGUGGAUUGCCUGCGCCAGACUGUGGGCAAGGAAGGAUUCGUGGCGCUCUAUAAGGGAUUCCUGCCCUGCUGGAUACGCAUGGCGCCCUGGUCGCUCACCUUCUGGUUAUCCUUCGAGCAGAUACGCAAAAUGAUUGGAGCGUCCAGUUAUUGAUUCGUUAGCCUACUCAGAAGAAUUCAAUACAAUAAGAGUCAAAACAAAUUGCAAUCGAUAUUUUAAAAAGAGUACACAAAAUAGUAUGUUAAUUUUAAAUAACUUUGUACGGCAAAGUAAACAAGUGCUAUUAUAAUGGUACAACUACCCCAAGACUGUUUCCAUCACGGCACAAACCUCAUGCUAUUGAAGCUAGCUUCUGACAGAUCCCAAAGUUAACCGAGAAAGACACAUAUAUCCAGUUGGUCAAGUAACUGUUUUGAAAAU